AUGGAGGUCCAUGUUGGAGACCGGCCCCGCGAGUUCUUCAUCAGGCUGUACAAGCUAGUGCGCGGCCACCUCCGCCUUCCCACUCCGUUUGCUCGGGAGAUGGAGCUCGACCCGCCACAUGCCUUGAGGCUACAUAUGAGGGGCUUCGGGAAUGGCAGCAUUCGGGUCGACGUCGACUUCCCUGCUCCUCAUGUCAUGUAUCUCCGCCGCGGGUGGAAAACCUUCGCCCGUGCCCAUAGCCUGUCGGAGGGGCUCGUCCUCCACUUCAAAUUGAUGGAGAAUGGCCUGCUCUCCGUCAAGGUCUUUGGGCACUUGGGAACUCGCCUAAGGUGUUGCGCGGAGAGCUCCACCGACAACGAAACCUCCUCCUCGGGCGAGUGUGACGAGGAGGACAGCGACAGCGACGACGGGGGUAUCAAGCGGGAGGACGCCGAUUCCGACUCCGGAUGA